AUGGCUAUUAGAAAUCCUGAAAAUAUACAAAAAUUAUAUUUAUUAAAAACACCAACGGAUACCAUAAAAACGGAAGAAAUAAAAAUUAGAAAGGGCAUCUUCCCAGGAGAUACAUUAAGUGCCCUAUGGUUCAACAUGUGCCUAAACCCAUUAUCUACAAUAUUAAACAAAACUAAAUAUGGAUAUCAAAUCAGAAAUAACAGACAAACGCAGUACACAAUAAACCACUUAAUGUAUGUAGAUGACAUAAAACUAUAUGCAGCAACUGGAACACAAUUAAAUACGCUUUUAAGAAUCACAGAAAAUUUCACAUCUGACAUAAAAAUGCAAUUCGGAAUAGAGAAAUGUAAGACAACACAUACUGAAAGAGGACAAUGGAUCACAGACGAUACGCAAAGAACAUUACAAAAUGAAACACUAAAAAACUUAGAAAAACACGAAACAUACAAAUACCUCGGCUUUGAACAAAAUACUAAGAUAAACCACACAGAAAUUAAAAAAUACUUACAAAAACAAUACAAACAAAGACUCACAAAAAUACUUAAAACCAAACUAAAUUCAAAAAAUCUCGUCAAAGCAAUAAACACAUACGCAAUAACAGUCCUUACAUAUUCCUUCGGAAUAAUCAAUUGGUCAAACACAGACUUAGGUGACACUAAUAGAAUAACAAGAACACACCUGACAAAGUCACUAAAGCUACACCCGAAAUCAUGUGUAGACAAAUUAACAAUAAGUAGAGAAGAAGGUGGUAGGAGAAUAACGGACAUAAAAGCGUUACACAAUAGACAAAUAAAAAAUCUUCGCAAAUACUUCCACACAAAAGAAACACAGCUACAUAAAGCAAUAACGAAAGCCGACAAAAAUCACACACCACUAAAUCUAUCGAGAAGCAAUACAGACAUAGAUAACUAUAACGACAUAGACCAUACACAAAGCAAAAUAAACGCAUGGGCCAUAAAACAAUUACACGGAAAACACUACUACACCACUACAGUCGAGAAUAUAAACAAAAACGACACAUACGAAUGGCUAAAAAAACCUAUUCCCAGAAACCGAAGGAUUCCUAAUCGCAAUUCAAGAUCAGAUGAUAAAUGCCGGAAAUGUAAAUUAGUAGCCGAAACAAUAGAACACAUAACAGGGGGUUGUAAAAUACUAGCAAAUACCGAAUAUACGGAAAGACACAACAUGGCAGCAAAAAUCAUACAUAAAGCAAUAGUGAACAAAUACAAACUGGAGAACACUACAACACCAUACUACAAAUAUACACCAACAACAAUAAUAGAUAGCGAAAAGUACAAACUAUACUGGGACACAACAUUAAACACAGACAAAACAAUAAAAUACAACAGACCGGACAUCACAUUUACAAACAAAGAAGACAAGACAUCAUACCUAAUAGACAUUCCAAUACCAAACGACAUCAACAUCCCACAGAAAUACAGAGAAAAAAUAGAAAAAUACACACCACUUGCACAAAAAAUACACAGAAUAUGGAAACAAAAAAACCUUUACAUCAUCCCUUUCAUCAUAUCAGCAACAGAUAUUACACCGAAUAAUUUUAAAUCACAUCUCACACAACUACAACUAGACCCAAAUAUACACCAAGAAAUACGAAAGGCGAUUAUAUUAAAAACAUGCAACAUAAUCAGAGCCUUCCUAAAUUCAGGAGAUUAA